AUGUAUCAGUCCUCUAACCUGACCUAUGAGAUCAUCCUGACUUUGGGACAGGCGUUUGAGGUAGCCUACCAACUGGCUCUGCAGGCCCAGCGCACCAAGCCCCACGGCGUCACCUCGGCAACGGGGUCAGAGGUCAUCGAGACCAAAUCCACAAGGCCGGUGCCCAAGCCCCGGGGCAGCGUGCGGAAGUCGGCGGGUGCUCCUCUGCUUGAGAGCCGCUGCUGUUACUGUCACACGUGUACAACUCACCGCCCCUCCUACCUCCCUCUGCGCUCUGUCAGCCCCGGAGCUCAGAUGGAGCCCCUGGAGCUUGAGACUGACUCCCAAUCCCAAGGCAGCGCCACCUGGCUCGUGGACCAGAAGACAGACUCCAAGCGGACCAUCAGCACGAAGUACGAAACCACCAUAUUCUGAGCCGGCCACUGCCCCCCCUCCUGCUCUGUGCCUUUUCUCACUGUGACUCGGGCCACCCCCUGACCCCUCGGGGCUGCCCGCCCCUUGUCCCCCACCCCCUGCUUCCUCUUCCUCUGGCCUCUGCCACGUACUGGCCCUUCAGAGCGCCGUGUAGCCCCCCCGCCCCUCAGCCUCUUUCCUCACUGCCCUCCUCACCCUCUGCUCCUGUAACCCUACUUAUUGCUGCUGCUCUUUCCACGGACUAACUGUCCCUUCCAAUCUGCUCGGCGAUUUCUUCUUCCGUCCUUUUCGAGUCUGUUUUUCCCACCGUCCGCACCUUGGGCUAGCUUGCUCCUGACCUCAGCCCCCCCCCCCUCCCCAGUCAGACGUGUGAAACACACAGGUGAUAUUGGUAAAAGUGGAAUACCUGCACCCAGCACUCGCAGGGAGAUCCUAAACUGAGUGGCUUUGCCAGAGCUCAGAUGUUUCCGCAGCUGGAUUUCUGGGUGAAGUAAGGUUCGAUCUCUUUAAGGUUGCUUUUUGCCAAAACUGAUGAUCCUUCCCGGCCGCUACCCAUUCCACUGAGCUCUGACACCAGGACGUACAGUUGGCAGGGCCUCUUUCCUGAGUGCACCAUUCGUCUCUCCCGCAGGCACUAGCCCAAGGCAAACAGCAGCCAGCAUUCCUCCAAACUCCCCAGGAAGAAUCUGUGUGUCGUGUUUCUUCCACUCUCAUGCUUGAAAGUCCUUGUUGAUUAUUCUCAUGGCAGCUGUGCAGUCUUUUUUUUUUUUUUCCCCCCAUCUGGUGCUCUUCCUGUCUUAGCAGGCGUUGACCACUGUGAGGCGCUCUGAAGAACUGCUUUCCUCUCAAACCUCCCGAUUAGUGACUGGACAGGGGGAGGAGGGGGCAACGUGUGUGAUUCAGCACAACAGGGGAACUUUUUUUAUUAAGAUUUUUUUUAGAGAACUUGUCCCCUCUUGUUUUGUCCUCCUUGCACAAUUUCUGAAUCCUCUGUUUUGACUGUGGAAUAUACUUUCCGCCUCCUGCGACCUUUCCAAGUUGUUCUCGCAGAGAGAGAGAGAGAGACAGUCCUAGAAGAGGAAUUGAAUGAGCCUGCCUGGGACUGAUGUCUUCUUCUUGAUUGCAAACCCAGCUCUGUUUUUAAGUUUGCCUGGCUUAGACUGAGGCCAGCCUUUAAAAGAAUCUGGAGUUCAGCACUGUGAUUUGACCUGAAUCCUGGAUUUCCUCUAGUAGGAAGGGUGGGAAUGUUGCAGAAAACUUUUUAGAAAUGUGUAUCUUCACCACUUCAAUCAAUGCCAAGGAGCAGCAACAAAUAAGCAAACUAGAAGCCCGAUAAUGACCCAUAAACACUGUUACUGCCUCGAACCUGCUCAUCACCUCACUGCUGAGCUUCUUACUGCAGCGGCUAAGUCCUCUCGAGCUGCAGCCAUGGAUGAAUAACCUGAUAGCAAGACGGGUCACGUCAAAACGAAACUGACUGCUAACGGAAACCGUUCCAUGUUGGUAAAGACGAGCGAGUCCACCAGCCUCUUAUUUGAACUUCAUGCAUCCACAGCGUGACUCAACACGCCCAGACUCCUCCUCCUGUUUCGUCCGAACGCACUGCGGCAUCCACUCUCCAUGUUCACGUUCCAGGAGAGGUUCACAAAGCGUCGGCUUGUGCUCAAUGCGAGACGUUUCCUGGACACCACAGUGCAGCGUAUUCUAGCUUUAAGUUGUAUAGCAGCGACUGAGAAAAGAUGGGUGCGGUGGAAAAUCGAUUGAACAAAAGGGUGAUGAUUGUUGUUUUAGGCUUUAGUUUUUCAUUCUGUCUGCGGGGUGCCUAAAGACGAACAGGAGGCCUUCUCUGAACACUGUCGCAUGUGUGUCGGGGUGACCUGGGUGGUGACACGCACCCCAGCUUCCCCGCUGGCUGCUGUCGGCUUGUCAAGUCUUCGGUCUGGUCAACUCUUUGUGCUCCCAGAAGGCCGUCCUGCCUUGUCGAGGAGCUACACGUGGAUGUGUCAGAGGUCAAAGAGUACACGUGUAGGAUGUUGGGUGAGCCAGGCACUAAACCAUAAAGUGGGCCAAAACUAUCCAGUGCUCCUGAACAUCACUAGACACAGAACUGCGGCAGUGACAGCGGGGGUUGAAUCUGUGAGGGGGCUCUAUGCUUCAGGAUUAUAUCAUAACCAUCCUGAUUUGCAUCACUCCAUCCUUCUCUGGUUGACCAGGCCGGAGUUUCUGUAGCCUGCCUUCAUGCCUUCACCCCCUAACAAAGAGCGGCCGCUUCAAGUCAGCUGCAUCUAGGGCAGCUUGACGUGAGGUCAGAGGUCAUCAGCUUUCACUCACAUAAUCCCCGAGUGUGUGUUAGGCAGCUUCUCAUUUAGUUGCUGGUUAAAGAUGGCACGCAGUAUCUUUUUUUUUUGUUAACAGGCGAAAGUUUAAAAGUAACAGAUGACCUAUCAAGGACAAUCCAGGUUUGAUGUUUUUUCUGGGGAGCUAAUUGUUUUGAGUCCACUUAGCUGCCACUUGCAUUCACAGAACGUUGUAAAUCCAGUCAGAAAAAGAUUGUGCUUCACGGAUGGUGUCUGAAAUGAGUUCUCACCCAGGGGUGUGCAGUUCGAGAUGGCUAACUUGAAAGACUCGGUACUUCCCUCUAUCAGAUGCUUCUUUUUUGAUGUUUUAGAUCCUCAGUCCCUUUUUACUCCGGUAGAGCUGUUUUUCUCAUGCCAUUUUAUGAAGUAGUCACCACGGCUGACUGAAAAAGAUUCUUUCGUCUUGACCCCAGAGAAAUAGUUUUAGUCAAGCCUGCAGCUGUCCUCACUGGUUCUGUUUAAGGAAGGCAUUGCCUUUGCAUUAUUAAGUGAACCUGUGGAUUGGAAACAAUAACAAAACCCUGAAGCUGCUAUUAAGAGUCUUUAUUCACACACUGAAAGUCCUGGCCUUCAGCAUCCAAGUCCUGCUGGCCUUUCCUCGCCUCUUGGUGUGAAAUUAAGGGUUAGCUGCAAUCACUGGGAAGACAGAAUAUCACAUUGUUUCCAGGAGCCAUGAUGCCUUCCGUAGGCUCCUGUUCUCCAGGGCCUUUCCUGAAAUCACCUGCAGGUCAGAGACCUGGUUAUUUGAACCUUGAACCUUUUGACCAGAGAAGUAUAGUUAACCGCGUACAGGAAGUCAGCUGCUUUAAAUGUCUUAGAUCCCCCCCUAAGCUCUAUGAUCGCAGGUUCGAGCCUGGGUCAUGUGACAAGCGAUUUCUCCAACCGGUAGCGCACCACCCAGGCAUUAAACAACCAGGCCUCUUUCAGAUGUGCUUGCAGCCGUGUGGUGCUGUCAGUGAGAGACAUGUCUCUCCUCCAAUCAGCACUGCUCCUCCUAUACAGAGCGGGGCUGACUGUGAUGUGUUCAAAGAUGAUUGGCUCAGGUCGGAGGAGUAUGUCUAAACGGCCUCAUUCUCCCUGUGUGCGGUUGUGGGGUUCAUAGCUGUGGGCCUAGAUGUGAAAAACACACAAAAUUGAUAUACUAAAAACACCUGACAAAUUACCGACACCAUUCUAUAUCCGAGGCUCACAUUUUCCCACUUUGGAGCUUCUGUCUUGGGCUUGACACCGACCGGGGGUUUACAGUUGCGUUGGCAAGCUGUCUCCAGUUCUCCCGUGUCCUGUUUUUCCCGUUUGUUGGCUGCCUCUUCACGCUCUGCCAGUUAAGUUGUUGACGUUGUCUCUGCUUCAGAUUUCAUUUGUUUCCUCUAAUCCACUCUUACCUGGCAAGUAUCGCAAAAAUAAUUUAAAUUCGUAGCGAUGUCGUUUAUCCCCCCAAAUCCGGCGACACCAGGCUCUGAGGGCCGUUCUCUGUGAUUUGGUAGCCACAGGUAUCUCCCCGCUUUGAUUCUUGGGCCUCCCGUGCGCGCUAGUGGCUGUGUUUCUGACGGUCCUGUUGCUCACGAGCUCUCGCUGUGUCUCCCUUCAUGUAGCUGAGCCCCGGGGUUCACAUGCGGAGACGAAGCUGAGGCUCCAGAGCGAGGGAGAGGCCGACGGGCACGGGGGUGUGGGGGGGGGGCGAGAGGGAGUCGGUGGCGUGCUCCAGUAUUAGAAGGCCUUCUCCCCUUACGCCACCGCCAGACCAACCCCACACCCACAAACUCACAGGCACUGUCAGGAUGUCAAGACGAACCCCUCCCCCCUCUCUCUCCACCGCCGCCCAGAAUGAGAAGGGGACUCCUGUUCUUCCUCCUUUGCCCUGUAGGGGUCAGUGCUGUCACUCGGUUAGAGGGUCCUGGGAAUCUGUGUCUUCAUGGUUCCUGAGCUGGGUGCUUCUGCGGAAAUCUUUAGCUACGCCGAGACCGCUUCAUGCUGCAGAGUCUCUGAAUCUUCAGGGCAUUGUUGUUUCUUGCAAAGUGAAUUGGUUGUAAUUUUAUUUUUGUUUGAAUGUGUCUACCGGAGCGAGGAUUAGGAUUAUACUAGCAUAGCAAAGGUUUGUCCUGCUGCUUCAACAAUCUUCCAUUAUUUAGCUGAGUUACGUGCCAAAGUAUGCUGCAUACGUUCAUUUUUUUAUCUCCAAGUAGACUUACUACGGUGUAUGAGGCCUUUCCAAGUGGUAAGACCCAUCUUGUCUUCCUGUAGGGUUCCCUCCUCAAGCUCUUGCCAGCUCUGUGUUUGGACAUAUUUCCUAAUUCUCUUGUGGAGGUGUGGGUGUCUGUUGCAUUGUGUAAUGUCAGGCCCCUCUGUGUGCUGACAGACCCACCAGGUUUCAUCCAGAAGAGGCCAACUGAGUUGAUUGGCAGGGGCCUUGGGACCUCUUUGUCCUCAGCUGUAGCCCAAAAGAAUUGCGUUUCAGAAAACUUCCCAUCCCACACUAACAAGGAAGUCUUUUUUUUUGUAAAAAAACACAUGACAAGAGUGGAUUUAAGGUUGCUUGUGGCACUGUGAAUAGCUGGACAUGGUGCCCUGCUGUGACACUAACUGAUUUGCUCCAGAGGGGAGAGUUUACUGCAGACUGGCUGUAGCUGGAGCUGGAGUUGCUAUAGCAGCAGGUUGUUUACAUUAAAGGGUACUGUUGGCCGCGAGAGAGAAGUGAGUGGAUAGCGUAUGGUACAUGUGGUGACAGAAAUCCUCCCUCUCCUUUAAGCACUGAGCCACUCUGCUGUCGACACUCUGCGACGGGUUUUUAACACGAUGUAGGUCUGGGACCUGUGAAAGAAGGUCGUGGGUGCCAGUUUGACACUACAUCAAAUGAGGAUUUAAUUUAAAAAAAUACUAUUAAAAUGUAUUCGAAUGAAUUUGCUUUUAAUUUAAGAAAGUUCGUUUUGUUAUUGUUUUUUUUUAUUUAACUGUUCCAGCGCUUAAACUGAGCCAGGCUGGUGUUGAACUUGAUGCUAACAUGACACAGAGGGGAAAAGAUUUUUAACUGCUGUCGAUAACAAAAUUCAAGGCCAAUAAGCUACUAAAGCAGACAUUUUUUUUCCCAUAAUAGUUUAAAACUGCCCUCUUGCAGUC